AUGAUACUGAUUACAUUGGAUAAUUCUGGCAUCAUUGCUGAUUUGUUUGUCAAUAUUGUUGUUAUUACUAUUACUACUACUACUACUACUACUACUACUACUACUACUACUACUACUACUACUACUACUACUACUACUACUACUACUACUACUACUACUACUACUACUACUACUACUACUACUACUACUACUACUACUACUACUACUACUACUACUACUACUACUACUACUACUACUACUACUACUACUACUACUACUACUACUACUACUACUACUACUACUACUACUACUACUACUACUACUACUACUACUACUACUACUACUAUUAACACAAAGUCCAUGUAA